AUGGAAACCCUCGCAUACAAGUUGACGUGGCUUUCCAAGUGGAAGCUUCGCUGCGAAUCUGAACGGGGCGACCCGGACUUCACCAAGCUCAUCGGCCACUAUUCCGUGUAUCUCAAGACUGCGCAAUACCUGACUGAGCAAGACGACAGUGCCAGCUCUGACGCCACGGCCGUUGACUUGGACUACACGACGACAUCUUCCGGUAUGGAUGACUUUGCCUGGCGUGAAGGCGACAUGUACUCGCUUCCCUCGACCCUUUGCGACGACCCGCCGGCCGAAUCCAAUCUGCGUGGCGGGGAACCUCGACAAGGAGAAGCGACCUUACGCGGCACAAAAAUCACAUCCUCCUCGUCAGUCGUGGUCUCGGAAACUGAGAUUCAACUUGCGGGUGCUGACGAAGAUGACGAUGACAGCGACCCGUUUUCUGACGCCGAAACCAGUGAUUUCAGCGAUGAUGAAGACACGUCUAGUGACUCGAGUGUCGAAGAGCUGGAGGCUGGCGACGAUUUCCAGCCGCCAAAGACCGUGUGCGAAAGACCUAGACCGAGGCUGGUUCGACGUCCUUGA